AUGUUUCAGGACUCGGUGGCUUUCAAGGAUGUGGCUGUGAACUUUACCCAGGAGGAGUAGUCUUUGCUGGAUCCUUCCCAGAAGAAUCUCUACAGAGAAGUGAUGCAUGAAACCUUGAGGAAUCUGGCGUCUGUAGGAGAAAAAUGGAAAGACCAGAACAUUGAAGACCAGUACAAAAAUCCCAGGAAUAAUCUAAGAAGUCUUCUGGGAGAGAGAGUCGAUGAAAAUACAGAAGAAAAUCAUUGUGGAGAAACUUUUAGCCAGAUUCCAGAUGACACACUGAACAAAAAAACUUCUCCUGGAGUAAAAUCAUGUGAAAGCAGUGUGUGUGGAGAAGUCUUCGUGGGUCAUUCUUCCCUUAAUGGGCACAUUAGAGCUGACACUGCACACAAGCCAUCUGAGUAUCAGGAAUAUAAGUGUCAACAACGUAAGAAAGCCUUCAGAUGUCACCCCUCCUUUCAAAUGCAAGAAAAGGCUCACACUGGAGAAAAACUCUAUGAUUGUAAAGAAUGUGGAAAAACCUUCAUAUCCCAUUCAAGCAUUCAAAGACACAUGAUAAUGCACAAUGGAGAUGGACCUUAUAAAUGUAAGUUUUGUGAGAAAGCCUGCCCUUGUCUCAGCGUAUAUCUUAUAUAUGAACGAGUUCACACUGGAGAGAAACCAUAUGAAUGUAAACAGUGUGGUAAAGCCUUUAGUUAUUCAACUUCCCUUCAAAUACAUGAAAGAACUCACACUGGAGAGAAGCCUUAUGAAUGUAAGGAAUGUGGGAAAGCAUUCGGUAGUCCCAAUUCCUUUUAUGAACAUAAAAGAACUCACACUGGAGAGAAGCCAUAUGAAUGCAAACAAUGUGGAAAAGCCUUCAGAUGGUUCCAUUCCUUUCAAAUAUAUGAAAGAAUUCACAAUGAGGAGAAGCCUUAUGAAUGUACCAAAUGUGGGAAAGCAUUCAAGUGUCCCAGUUAUCUUUGUAGACAUGAAGCCACCCACUCUGGGAAAAAGCCCUAUGAAUGUAAACAAUGUGGGAAAGCAUUAUCUUAUCUUAACUUUCAAAGACACAUGAAAAUGCACACUAGAAUGAGACCUUAUAAAUGUAAGACAUGUGGAAAAGCCUUUGAUUCUCCCAGUUCGUUUCAAAGACAUGAAAGAACUCACACCGGAGAGAAACCUUAUGAAUGCAAGCACUGUGGUAAAGCCUUUAAUCGUUCCAGUUCCUUUCACUAUCAUGAAAGGACUCACACUGGAGAGAAACCCUAUGAAUGUAAGCAGUGUGGUAAAGCCUUCAUUUCUUCCACUUCCUUUCGAUACCAUGAAAGGACUCACACUGGAGAGAAACCCUAUGAGUGUAAGCAAUGUGGGAAAGCCUUCAGAUCUGCCUCACACCUUCAAAUGCAUGCAAGAACACACACUGGAGAGAAACCCUAUGAAUGUAAGGAAUGCGGAAAAGCAUUCAAUUAUUUUUCUUCUUUGCAUAUACACAAAAGGAUGCACACUGGAGAGAAGCCAUAUGAAUGUAAGGAUUGUGGGAAAGCAUUCAGUUUGCCUGGUUCCUUUCAUAGACAUAAAAGGGCUCACACUGGAGUGAAACCCUAUGAAUGCAAGCAAUGUGGCAAAGCCUUCACUUCUUCUCGUUCCUUUCAGUGUCAUAAAAGGAUUCACACUGGAGAGAAACCCUAUGAGUGUAAGCAGUGUGGUAAAGCCUUCAUUUCUUCCACUGCCAUUCGUAUACAUGAAAGGACUCACACUGGAGAGAAACCCUAUGAGUGUAAGCAAUGUGGAAAAGCCUUUAUUUCUUUCAGUUCCAUUCGGUACCAUGAAAGGACUCACACUGGAAAGAAACAGUAUGAAUGUAAGCAAUGUGGUAAAGCCUUCAUGUCUUCUACUGCAUUUCAGUAUCAUAAAAAGACCCACACUGGAGAGAAACCCUAUGAAUGUAAGCAGUGUGGGAAAGCCUUCAUUUCUUCCAGUAGCCUUCAAUAUGAAAGGACUGACACUGGAGAGAAACCCUACAAAUGUAAGCAGUGUGGUAAAGCCUUCAGAUCUGCCACUCAGCUUCAGAUGCAUAGAAAGAUUCACAUUGGCAAGAAACCCUAUGAAUGUAAGCAAUGUGGGAAGGCCUAUAGAUCUGUCUCACAACUUCGAGUACAUGAAAGGACUCACACUGGAAAGCAACCCUAUGAAUAUAAGCAAUAUGGGAAAGCCUUCAGAUCUGCUAAGAACCUUCAAAUACAGACGAUGAAUGGUCUCGCUCUGUCACCGACCCGGGCCUCCCUGCGGCGACUCCGGGGUCUGUGGGGCUGGGCCGGCAGCCGGGACCCGGGGCAUCCUGUCCCGUCCCUUCGCAGCGACUGCGGCCCUGGCCCCGGCCCCGGAGCCCUCUUUGGGCAGCUCCGCGUCCUCAGCCGCGGGUCUUCUUAG